AAUGGCAAUAAACAACCCUUUUCAUUUUCACUUUAUUGGGAUUAGUGGGCUCUACACUUCUACUCUUCGUCUAAAGCAUUCACAAUUGAAAAUCCCAUUCAUUCAUCCACGUUCCUCGAGAACAUCUCCCCCUUCCAAAUUCAAAUUCCCUCUUCUGCAACUCCUCAACAAUGGUGGAAUUCAAACCCCUCAUCUAAUCCCUAAUCUCCAACUCCCAAAAUGGCCCCAUUUUUCUCCUUCUUCUUUCUCACUACCUUCUCCUUCUUCCUUUCUUUCACUUCCUCUCUCAACUCCGAUGGCCUCUCCCUCCUCGCCCUUAAAGCCGCCAUUGAAUCCGACCCAUCUCACGUUCUCGAGUCCUGGUCCGAGUUUGAUGCCACCCCAUGUCACUGGCCCGGAAUCGUCUGCACUCGCGACCGAGUCACUCAGCUCUCUCUCCCCAACAAAGGUCUCACCGGCUACAUUCCUUCUGAACUUGGCCUCCUCGAUUCCCUCCGUCGUCUCUCCCUCGCCUUCAACAAUUUCUCUAAACCCAUUCCUUCUCAUCUCUACAACGCUACAAAUCUCGUCGUUCUAGACCUUUCCCACAAUGCUCUCUCAGGCUCGCUCUCCGAUCAAAUCGGCGAUCUGAGGAAGCUUCGCCAUCUAGAUUUAUCCUCGAAUGCUCUCAAUGGUUCUCUUCCUAAUCGACUUACUGACCUAACUGAACUCGUCGGAACUCUCAAUUUGUCGUACAAUCGAUUCUCCGGCGAGGUUCCUCCUUCGUUCGGAAAUCUCCCGCUGAUCGUGAAUCUCGACGUCCGUCACAACAAUCUCACCGGAAAAAUCCCUCAGGUGGGUUCGCUGUUGAAUCAAGGUCCGACGGCAUUCUCCGGCAACCCGAGUCUAUGUGGGUUUCCGUUACAAACGCCAUGUCCAGAAGCUCAGAACCCGAACAUCUUUCCAGAAAAUCCGCAGAAUCCCAAGUCGCUGAACGGCAACUUCCCGGGUUAUGGCAGAGGGAGAGAGAGUGGGGGAGGUGGCGUGGCGGGGUCAGCGACUGUGGCAGUGGUAUCUUCAAUAAUUGCAUUGGUGGGGGCGGUAUCGGUGACGGUGUGGUGGUUCCGGAGGAAGGCGGCAGUGGAGAGGCCAGAGGAGGGCAAAACGGGAAAAGGGAGUCCGGAAGGGGAAAGUUGCGGGGAUUUGGAAGGGCAAGAUGGUAAAUUCGUGGUGAUGGAUGCAGGGAUGAAUUUGGAAUUAGAGGAUUUGUUGAGGGCAUCGGCAUACGUGGUGGGGAAGAGUAGGAGUGGGAUUGUGUAUAAGGUUGUGGCGGGGAGGGGAUCCAGUGCGGGCGCGAGUAUUGUAGCUGUAAGGAGACUUAAUGAUAGCGAUGCCACGUUGACGUUUAAGGAUUUUGAGAAUGAGAUCGAGUCCAUUGGUAGGAUCAACCAUCCCAACAUCGUACGGUUGAGAGCUUAUUACUAUGCAAGUGAUGAGAAAUUGCUUGUCACUGAUUUUAUCAAAAAUGGAAGCUUGCACACUGUCCUACACGGAAGUCCUAGUUCUUUGUUACCUCUGCCAUGGGCUGCAAGGUUAAAAAUUGCUCAAGGAGCUGCACGGGGUUUGGCAUACAUUCAUGAAUUUGGUGCUCGAAAAUACGUACAUGGAAACAUUAAAUCAACAAAAAUCCUUCUUGACGACGAUUUUGAGCCUUACAUUUCAGGGUUUGGACUGGGUCGUCUUGGCCAAGGAGUACCUAAGUUCCCUGCAACUUCGUCCAAGAAGUUAAGCUCAAACCAAAAUAUGAUUAGCUCAAUCAUGGGGCCAAGCAUUUCAAUUCCCUCUGCAAUGUAUUUGGCACCCGAGAUUCGGGUGUUUGGAGGGAAGUACACACAGAAAUGUGACGUGUACUCGUUCGGCAUUGUGCUUUUAGAACUUUUGAGUGGUAAAUUGCCGGAUGCAGGAUCGGAAAAUGAUGGGAAGGGGUUGGAAUAUUUCGUGAGAAAGGCGUUUCAAGAAGAGCGUCCCUUGACUGAGGUUAUAGACCAGGCGCUUGUGCCUGAGAUUUAUGCAAAGAAACAAGUGGUUUCGAUGUUCCACAUUGCACUGAAUUGCACAGAGCUUGAUCCCGAGCUGCGUCCGAGAAUGAGAACGAUAUCAGAGAGUCUCGAUCGAGUAAAAUCUCAGUGAAGGUAAAUGUAGAGAGGAGGCUUGUGUGUUGUUUCGUAAUAUUGUUUUGAGAUAGUGUAGGUAGGUGUGAGAUGUGCUGAAUAUUUUGUAUGUAGAGGUGUAGGGUAAUUGAAUGUCAAUUAUUUCAAUUGGCUCUUUCUUCUUUCA